CAGAUAGUAAAUGAUAUCUAAUUGUCUUUCUCUCUUUUAUUAUAAAACUACUGGUAAAGAGGAAACAUUCUGAAAUGGAUCCCAAAUAUUUCACCAUAAUUUUGUUUUGUGGACAUCUGAACGAUACUUUUUUCUCAGAGACAGAAGCAACUACAACAGAGGAGCAACCACAGUCUACUUUACUUAGAUCAUCAAGGCCAUAUGUCUCGGCUAAUUCUCAAAGCACAACAGAGAAUUCUUCGGGUCAACCAACACAAUUCAACAACCUUUCUUCUGGACAACCAAUAACAACUGCCGAAGUUGCCGCUGGACAACCAACACCAGCUGUCUAUGUGUCUUCUGGGAAACCAGCAGCACAUACUUCUGCUGGACAACCACUUGCCUAUAAUGUCACCAGAAAACCAAAACCAAUGGCCAACACCUCCUCCCAAGGAACAGCACUACCUGUGUUCACCUCUGCCAGACAACGAUCAACAUCUGCCCAUUCUUCUACCAGACAACCACCACCAUCUGUCUAUACUCCCACUCAACAACCAUCAUCUACCCACACCUCCUCUAGAAAAUCAAUACCGCCAACUGCUCAUAAUCUAUCCAUACAACCAACACCAACUGUCAAAAGUUCACCUAGGAGUACACCAGGAUUCAACCUAGAAACUACCACUAAAAACAAGAGCCCACAGAAAACCAAUUCUAAUUCAACAGCGGUCAUAUUAAUUGGUUUAGUUCUGACUUCUAUGGUGGUAGCUAUAAUCAUGAUUGUAUUGUGGAAAUGCUUGCGAAAACCAGUGUUAAAUGAUCAAAAUUGGGCAGGUAGGUCUCCAUUUGCUGAUGGUGAAACCCCUGACGUAUGUCUGGAUAACAUUAGAGAAAAUGAAGUGUUCCCAAAACGUACAUCAAUUGUUUCACUUACAGCCUGGAAACCAAGCAAAAGCACACUUUUAGCAGAUGACUUAGAAAUUAAGUUGUUUGAAUCAAAUGAAAACAUUGAAGAUUCUAACACUCCCAAAACAGAGAAAAUAAAAGAUCAAGCAAAUGGUACAUCAGAAGAUAGUGCUGAUGGAUCAACAAUUGGCACUGCUGUUUCCUCUUCAGAUGAUGUAGAUCCGCCUCCACCACCUCCUCCCCUUCUUGAUUUGGAAGGACAGGAGAGUAACCAAUCUGACAGACCCACAGUGACAACUGUAUCUCCUCUUCCAAAUGAUUCCACCAAUCUCCCACCAUCUCUGGACUGCCUCAAUCAAGUCUGUGAAGAUCAUGAUUCUGAGUUCAAACAGUCAUUUCCACCUCCCCCUGACUCACUUAACUUGACCCUGCCUCUAGGAGAUUUUAUGACAAACCAGGAGAUCCAGUGUCAGCAGUUCCCUAGUCCUCCUGACUCUGAUCAAAAUCUCAAUGAAUCCCUGCCACCCCCACCUGCAGAACUGUUAUAACUACUACUUGCUUUUUAGCUGAUUUUCUAUUCUUCUCAAAGGACUCCAAUCUUUUGUUUUU